ACGUUGUCUCGUUGGUGUUAAGGUGUUAAGUCAAUGUCAAAUAAUUAGAGGUUAUAAAAUAUAUGCAUAUUUUUUAGGGCGGUUCAAACAAAACAAAAACACAAAUUGUAAAAAAUAGUUUAAUAUUUUUAAGAAUUUUUUCUAAAAAUGGCUGGAUCUGCAGCUGAAGUUACUAAACUUCAGCAACAUCUAUUACUAUUAAAACAAGAGUUUUCCAAACUACAAAGUAAAUAUAGAGACAUUGAAAUCAAAUACAACAAUGUAGUAGCUUCUGAUACCAACAACACAGAAGACACUUUUGCCUCCAGACUCUUGAAAAUCAUCAGCAAUCUGUAUAAUUCUGAAGCAUAUAGUGACAUCAAAAUUAAACUUAAAGAUAAAGAAAUUAACGCCCAUAAAAUCGUUUUAUCAGCUAGAAGUAAUGUUUGGAAUGAAAAUAUUUUAAAUCACACCAAAGAGUUGGAUUGGUCUGAAAUUGAUGCUGAAGUGGCAAAUGCUAUAGUUUUAUGGUUGUAUACCAACAAAUUAAACCUUCUGUCAACUACAGUAACUUUAAAUUUAAUUAAAAAGGCUCAUGAAUUCCAAUUACAUAGCCUAGUUAGUAUGUGUGAACAGUUCCUAAUUUCUGCAGUAGACAUCAGAUGCUGUGUUAAAUUUUAUUCAGUAGCUGAAGAAAUAGAAGCACCCAGUCUAAGAGAAUACUGCUCUGAAUUCAUUUCUAUCCAUUGGGAUGAUCUAGAUUCUUCUGACUUUGAGCACAUGUCUGGACCUCUAAUGUACAAGAUGUUAAAAGACAAGACAACUUUACCUCUUCAUUCUGCUGUCCGACUUCAAAGGGAGGAUGUGGUUUUCUUAUGUUUAGUAGAUAAUUCUUCAAAUAUUGGUAAAGUAGUUAAUAGUCGAGAUGUGAACGAUGAGUUACCUUUAGAAUUAGCAUUGAGGUCUCGAAAUGAGAGUAUAGCAACUACUUUAGUACAACACAAUGCUGACGUCAAUAUACUCGACAGCAAUGGGGACACUUUGCUGCACAAGGCGAUCAAAAAGGAGGAUUUCUUUUCGGCGCAAUUUUUGUUAGAACAGAAUUGUGAUGCCACUUUAUCAACCAGAAGUGGUAAUGAUUCAGCUCUGCACCUGAUCGCCGGGGCUGCUGACAUCGAAAACUCCGUAAAAGUAGCCGAAAAACUUAUAAAUAAGAGUAUCAAUAUUAAUUCCCAAAAUUCACAUGGCUUUACUUCCCUUCACAUUGCAAUCCAAGCAGACAACAAACCAAUAUUUCAUCUUUUGCUUCAGCAAGGUAAGAUCAACGUCAACAUAGAAACUAAUAAAGGCCAUACUCCACUUUAUUACGCUUUACUGAAGUACGAAUCGGGGGAUGACGAAGAUGAUUCAUACGCCAAGGAGUUACUGAAACAUGGUGCUGAGACGAAUCCAAUCUAUUCUAGUAGUUAUACGAAUUUGCUGCAAAUACUUAUAUUAGAAAAAGCACAAAAGGCUGCUGUAUUUUUGUGCGAAAAAGUUAGCGAGCAUAUAAAUCAUGUCAAUUCAAAAGGUGAAACUGCUUUACAUUUAGCUUGUUCCGCAAAUUUCGACGAUUUGGUUCGCUGUUUAACUAAACUUGGUGCGAAUCCUAAUUUAUUGACAAACGAAGAAAGACAAUCGCCUCUCCACUAUGCCGUCAAAAACAAUGCAGAAAAAAGUAUAUUUGCAUUAAACGAUUAUAAUAACGACUUAGAAAAAUCAAAAAAUUCACCAGACGCUCAAUUAAUUUGUAAUUUCAAUCAGAGAGAUAUUGAAGGCGAAACACCAAUCAGCUUGGCCUUAAAUGAAGGUUUUUCCCAUCUAAUACCAACAUUAAUUAAGGGUAAAGCUGACAUUAAUAUAAGAAAUGGGAAAGACUUUACGCUUUUACAUCAAGCAAUAAUUAAACAAAAUUCCUCGAUGGCCUUAUUUUUGUUAAACCAUGGAGCAGACAUCAAUGCCGUUACAACAGACUACGAAACACCUCUUCAAUUAGCGAUACAUUGCCGACUAGGAGAAGUAGUUGAUGCGUUAUGUACAAGAGGCGUCGAUAUGUCAGCACCCGACAGACUUGGCAGUUGCGCUUUGUGGACAGCUUUGGACUCUGGACAAGAAGAUAUUGCAAGUAUUCUUGUUAAACACGGAGCUGAUACAGAUUGUUGGGGAGAUGGACCAGAGGGAUGUCGACAAACUCUUCUGCAUAGGGCAAUAGAUGAAAAUAAGGAGUCUGAAGCUAUAUUCCUCAUCCAUGCUGGUUGCGAUUUGAACACACCUAGAAUACCAGGACCCAAUGGUGAAGGAGGAGAUGAAGCGAAAGAUAAGCGGUCUCCUUUGCAUUUAUGUUGCCAGUGGGGUUUAGAACCAGUAGUUAGGACUUUAGUAGAACACAGAGCCAACGUUAACAUCCGCGACGCAGAAAAUAAGACGCCUCUUCAUAUAGCUAUCGAAAGUCAACAAGAAGAAAUAAUAUCUCUGUUGUUGAGUGUUCCCGAAAUUGAUUUAAGUUUGAGAGAUAAAGCAGGCCUUAGUCCUUUCGCCACCGCUCUGACUUUUAGAAAUAACAAGGCUGCUCAGGCUAUUUUAGAUAAGUUUCCUAGUGCUGCCGAACAGUUCGAUUCGAAGGGUCAGAAUUUCCUUCAUAUAGCCUUAAAAAAGGGAGACAUUGAAAGCGCUCUAUUUUUACUAACAGUACAAGUAGACGUAAAUUCCAGAGUACAAGAUCCAAUGCUAACGCCACCUAUCCAUUUAGCAGCUAGGCAUGGGAACGAAACAUUAGUUAGGAGUUUAAUUCUAGCUGGUGCUAGAGUAGACGAUAGGGAUGCUCAAAGACGUACAGCAUUACAUGCAGCCGCAGAGGCAGGUAAUCAUUCCGCUGUUUUGGCACUAAUACAAAAUAACUCUGAUUGUGAUGCUACAGAUGUAGAAAAUGACAAUGCAUUUCACAUAGCUAUGAGAGAAGGACAUCUAAAUGUUGUUAAAGUACUACUAACAGAAUCUUAUAUAGAUGUCGAGGCAGUAAAUUUGAAGGGUAGGAACCCUCUUCACGAAUUGUGUAAAUAUGGAAAAGAUAAUGCAGCCACCAUUUGCGGACUGUUGUUAGAAUGCAUUCCUACGUAUCCAAUAAAUAAUCCAGACAUUUUGGGUAAUUCACCUCUCCUUCUGGCAUAUAUAAAUGGAAACGGAAGCCUUUGCAGAGUUUUAGUCAAGGCGAACGCUUGUUUGUCUUCCGAAAAUUCAGAAAGAGUGACUAUAUUUAAUUACCAGGUUCCAACAAAGCAGCUUUUGAACCGCCUUCUAGACACAUUAUCGGAACCAGCGCCAUGGACAAACACAGAUUCCUGCCAAGAGUGUGGUAAAAGAUUUACCCUUACAGUUCGCACCCACCAUUGUCGCCAUUGCGGACGAGCACUCUGUAGCAAGUGUUCGGAUACGGAAGUGCCGAUUAUAAAAUUUGGCGAGAACAAACCAGUUAGGGUCUGUAAAGUCUGUUUUGAUGUAUUGAAGACUGGAGCUAGUUAAUUAUUAAGAUAUUGUUCAGGAUAUAAAAUUUUAUAAUAAAAAAAUAUUUGCUGUUAUUUAUAAUGUUAUUAUUAUAUAAUAAUAAUGUUAUUAUCUAUUUAAUACAAUAUUAUUCGGUAAAAAUAGAAGUGAUUCAAUUACAUAAAAUAAAACUCGUCAGUUCAGAUCAUUCGUUUAUUUAUCUAAGCUGCUUUAUUUCACACUAUUUGUGGAAAACGUUGUGGUUGAAAUAUAAGCCUAGGUAUUAUACAGUAAGCGGCACGCUAGACGCUAAUAGAUACAUGGGUACCUAAUUCCUAGGCUUGCGCUAAUCCGGCCCGUUCUCACCUAUGUCGUGUGACUGUCAUAAAACUAUUCAAAGUAAUUGUUUUUCCAUGCAAAAAUACGUUAAAUAAUAGCAUUGUUAAUCUGCUUAAAAAAAACUUUAAUUUACCAACUAAUUUACUAAUUUAAACACCUACAAUAUUACAGUACUUCAUAACUUUUACAACUUUAACACAAUGACAACUACAGUACGUAAAAUGAAAGAUUACCCAUGAGCGAUCUUAUUAAACAGAUCUUUUCUAUGUUCCAGAAAGUCAUGAACCAGUACCAGUAUUAUAAGAACAGUUUAUAUAAUUAUUACAUGUACUUGCGCUGGCCAAUUGUUUUUUUUUGUGAUACGGUCACACUUUUUACUUUACUUUAUCGUGUCCGGACAUGUCAUUCAUAAAAUUUCGGCCCAGUAUCGGGUCACUAGAGCGACCCAUUUCUUAUCCUAUUCAUAGUUUUCCAAGUUUAGAGACUGGCCGGUCCAUUAAACCUGAGGAAGAGGAAAAUACUCAGGCGGUUCAUCCUGCACUGUUCCAAGGAAGCUUUUCCUGGAUUUUAGUCGCUUUCAGGGUGUUCGAGCUUUGUAUAAGGCAUGCCGCUCGUCCGCAAUCUGUUUAAUUUGCUCAUGUGCUCUGCAACGCCUCUGAGUGUUGAGGGUUCUGCAAAACCCGCUGCUUUAUAUAGGUUUGAGAGUGGCGUUGGUUUCAUCCACCCUGUUACUAUCCUGCAUGUUUCAUUUAGCGCAGUAUUAACUUGUUUAGCGUGAGCAGAUCUGCCCCCAAACUGGGCACGCAUAUUCAGCAGUUGAAAAACACAGUGCCUGUGCCGUUGUUCUUAAGACGCCAGAACAUGCACCCCAUUUACUUCCCGUUAGCUUUCCGAAUAUGCUGUUCCUAGUUGUUACUUUCCCUCUCGUUUUAUGCAAUGUUGUCUAGGUCAGGGACCGGUCCAGAGUUACUCCAAGAUAUAUAGGUUGGUCUGUGUGCUCUAGUAUAUUACCAUUCCACACAAUUUGGAGUUUUCGCUUGGCUUUGCCUAUUAAAUCGCCUUCUGAAUGGAAUAGUUUGUGGUCUGACAAUUGGAAAGAUGUUUAUACCAAUUGGUCUAAGCUGAGUUUUUGGUAAGGGGCCAUAUACUACUUUGGUACAUCAGUCUUUGAGGUUAUUACUUGAAAAACAGAUAUCCGGGUUAUAUCCCCCUUUUAAAAUUUUGCUCUGAAAAGAUGGUGGAAGUUUAGGAUCAUGGAUUAGCGUGAAGUCACUCGUUUCAGCCCAUGCUUCUACUGCGUCUCCAUUUGCAUUCGAAUUUGCAUAGCCCCAGAGUAAACUGUGACUGUUAAAGUCUCCCAGUAUAAGCUGACUCGGUUGUGAUUGGAAGUUGUUAAUUGGGGGUGAAAAUAUAAAAGGCUCGUUUGGGGGCUUGUAUACCGAGGUUAUUGUGCAUUUUCCGAUCUCAAUGGUUAUUACCUCUAUACCGUUUACAUUUGUUGUUCCCACAGAUGAGACUAUGGUUUGACUUAUCACAAAUAUCGGGCUCCCAUGUUUAUUGUGUGGUAUCUCUGCAAACAGUUUCAUACCUGAGAUUUUCGGUCUCGCUGCAGUUAGGUCUCUGGGUUUCCUGGAUGCAAAAUACCUCAUAUUUCGUGUUUUUGCAGAAUUCUGAUAAGAUGUCUUGCAUGCUCGCUACCGUCAGUGUUGGCUCUGAGAAGAACCGUUGUGGCUUGAUGUUUGCCAUCUGAUUUGGUUUGGUCCGGUGUUGGAAGGAUUAGCCGUCUACUAGUAGACGUUUCCAAGGGACGCCGUCAAUAGUGUUUACUGUUUUUUAGUUGAUGUGGCACUAUUGAUCUCGCAGAGGCUACUUCCGUGUCCCCGAUACGGUCACAGGAAAAUGCAGCGUGUUUUAUAUGUUUAUUCAUGGGUAAUCUUUCAUUUUUCCCACUAUAUAAACUUCAAAAACAACUGUUCUAUAAACUAUCAACUUUAUAUGUUUAUAUUGGUUUCUAUAUAUUUUCUGACAUUCUAAACGUGACUAGACAUAAAAGUAAACAUUGCAACAAGUGAAGGGUCCAGGACUGUAUUAGGUCAAUGUGUGUCUAGCAGCGUGGCGGUUACUGUAUAUGUUACGGACAAUAAUGGAGAUUGGACAUUGACGCUACAGACCGGGAAUUGUCGUGAAUGCCCAUUUUCGACAAUAACAUUAACUAUUGUGUCGUGUUGGUCCUUUGGCCAAUGUAAAAAAAUAACUUAAAAGUGAUGUUUUCAUACAUAACUGGUCAAUGACGACAGUGGCCAAUGUUAAUAAAUAAAUAAAAUUAUCCAUGAUG